GUCCCGACUCCUGCUUCCCGGAGCGGCUCGCCGGAGGCGCCCCGCCCUUAGGCAUGGCCGAGGACGCGCCCAGAACGCAGCAGUGCUGGAAGCUGGUCAGGAACCUCGAGGCCGCUAUUCAGCAGUUCCAGUGCCACCCCAGAAAUACCAUUUCAGAUGAUCUGAAAGUUGGCUUUUUCACCACAGACCAUGCUACUCAAACACAUGCCAGUGAAAUUUUGCCUCUGAAAGAGCUGAGUGCAUCUACACAACAGUUAGUGCAGGUUGUUACAUCCCUUCAGGUGGAUUUUAGGUUCCUUAAAGAAUUGGUUCAAUUGAAGUUUGAGGAACGACUUACAGAGGAGUCUUCUGAUAUCUCCAUCGCUCUAUAUGACAGGAUCCUAGAGAUGGAAAAACACAGCCCACAGAAUGAGGAGAACAUGAGAAAAUGCUUUCAGCAGCAGUUAGCUGAUGCCAUUGCUGUCAUCAAAGGGAUGUACCAGCAAUUCUUUGAUGUAGAGGAAGAGGAAACUACUUUGCACGAUGCAGAAAAUGUCGAAUUGGGUUUUUUGUCAAGAAAGCUGAGAGAGAAGGAAGAAAUUAUUAAAGAAUUAAGAGAAGAACUAGAUCAUUGUGAAGGAUUUCAAAAACUUGACUCUUUUGUGGAGACCAGCUCUUCCAAAUCAACCUUAGAAAGGGAGAAUUGGGAUCACAAAACAGAAUAUGAGAAACUGCUCAAAGUUGUGGCAGAACUUGAAGAAGAACUCAAACUCAAUAUAAAAGAAAAUUCAGCGUUAGAAGAUGAACUUAGAAGUCUGAAAGAGAUUUCAGAACAGCAUCAGAGAACCAUUCAAAAGUUAAUGGAUAGUAGAGACAGAUUACGAUAUGAGCUUGAUUGCAAAAAAGUAUUAGUUCAAGAUAUGGUAAGAUGAUUUACAUUUUCCCCUAAUGAACUUGUUUUGAAAAAUUU